UUCUGCAAAACAUCCACGAUGAAUACUUAUGUUUAUUUAUUGUUUAUCUGUACGUUUGUAACCAAAGUUAUUUGGUGUGACACAGAAGCAAAGAUGAAAAUCUUGGGAAGUCUUACUGCCACUGGUACAAUGAAAAACUUUGCAAAGGACACCAGCAAAACAGUUAAACUUGCCACCGAGAUUAAGAAUAUGCUGAACGGAAUGUGUACGUACAGCAAAUAUCAAAACAGUUACGAGAAGAUUCAUAAAAAGGUUCAGAAUAUCUCUACAGACAUGGAGGUGAUCAAAGAAAAACUUGACAAAAUACAGAACUUAGUCAGUAACAUUCAAUGCAAUCCAGAUGAGAUAGGAGGAUGGACUGUUAUUCAAAAGCGGUAUGAGGGUAGUGUUGAAUUCAACAGAAAUUGGAAGGAUUAUGAAAAUGGAUUUGGAGACAAACGUGGAGAGUUCUGGUUAGGCAAUAAGAAUAUAGCAAAACUAACAUCUGAAAAAAAUCAUGAACUUAGGAUAGAUGUGGAGGACUGGGAUGGAAACAAGCGUUAUGCAGUUUAUAAAAGCUUUUCAGUAGGCGACGCAUCUACAAAAUACCAACUCACAAUCGGCAAUUACUCAGGAAACGCCGGUGACGGAAUGAGCCAAUUUAACGGGAUGAAGUUCUCAACAUAUGAUCAAGAUAACGACAACUAUAGUGAUAACUGUGCUGAUCAUGCCCUAUUCAAAGGUGGAUGGUGGUACAAUGGCUGUUGGAAAUCUAAUGCCACCAUUCUAAAUGGACAUUACACCCAUAGAAAUAAUACUUCUCAGGGUAUUAUUUAUAAAUCGUUUAAAAAAACCUCUCUGAAAAAAUCUACCAUGAAGAUUCGGAAAGUGUAAUAACAAGUCUUACAAUCAAUAAA